CUCUGGGAAAAAUAAAGCAUCUCAUGCAACUGUCAUGAGGGUGGGACAAAGUAAACCAGGAAGUGUUUUAAAGUCCCAGCACGCUCACUCCAAGUCUUAACUGACUGUUUUUGUUUGAGUCAAGAGACUUUGUUGACAUAAGUGCCGGGAAAGUUUUCACUGUAAGCUUUGCCAUUUAAAGACCUUGUUUUCGGCUGCAGGGAGCAGAACUGCACCGAUGAAGAUGAUUUUAUCACUGGCUUCCAUCAUCUCUCUUUUGGCUAUCAUUAUUCCAGUCGCCCAUGGUGGGAAAGUUCUGGUGUUUCCACAUGACGGCAGUCACUGGGUGAACAUGAAGGUACUUGUUGAGGAGCUGCAUUCAAGAGGACACAUUGUGACAGUUAUCCGGGCCGCAGACAGCUGGUACAUCAGUGAAACAUCUCCACAUUACAGUACUGUCACAGUGGAUAUUGCUGGUGGAGCAAGUGAGGAUUUUUAUCGUCUCUUUGUCUCUGAGGUUAUUAAAAUUAAACGAAGCCAGGGGUCUGUGUGGGCCCGUUUUGCUCUAGACAUGGAGUUAAAAGAAAAGUUCUCUGAAUUACACAAGAAGGUGUGUGAGAUGGUUGUGUACAUGCUUGAAAAUCAAGAGUUGAUUAAGUCUUUUCAAGAUGCCAAGUAUGAUGCGGUUUUGACGGACCCUGCUAAUGGAGGAGGGGUAAUACUGGCUCACUAUCUCAGACUGCCGUUGGUGUUUAAUGCUCGAUGGACUGUUCACGGUGAGGCCCACUUUGCCAUUGCACCCUCUCCGCUUUCCUAUGUCCCGCUUCCGCCUUCAGAGCUAACAGAUCAAAUGACUUUCCUUGAGAGGGUCAAAAACAUACUUUUUUAUACUAUGAGAAUGCAUCUGUACAAGCAGGUAGCUGGACCACAUUAUUCAGCAUUGUCCAACCGCUACAUUGGCCCAGAUGUAGACUACUUCUCCCUGUUUCAAGCAGCAGACUUGUGGCUGAUGAGAGUGGACUUUGUGUUUGAGUUUCCUCGUCCCACCAUGCCUAAUGUUGUCUACAUGGGAGGGUUCCAGUGUAAACCUGCAAAACCUCUGCCUCAACACUUGGAGGAGUUUGUGCAGAGUUCUGGAGAGCAUGGAGUCAUCAUCAUGUCUCUGGGGACUUUAAUUGGAGAACUUCCCCAAGACUUAGCCAAUGAGAUCGCAGCAGCUUUUGCCAAAUUACCUCAGAAAGUCAUCUGGAGGUACAAAGGUGAACGACCAGACACUCUGGGCAAAAACACUUUACUAAUUGACUGGAUGCCACAGAAUGACCUUUUAGGACAUUCAAAGAUUAAACUAUUUAUAAGUCAUGGAGGAACAAAUGGAAUAUAUGAGGCCAUAUAUCAUGGAGUUCCAAUUGUGGGCAUCCCAAUUGUGUUUGAUCAAGCCGACAACCUCUCCAGACUGAGAGCAAAGGGCGUUGCAAAGGUUAUGGAUAUUUCUGAAUUGGACAGGCAAACAUUUCAGACUGCAAUACAGGAAGUUCUCAAUGAGCCCUCCCACACAUUGAACAUGCAGAGACUCUCCAAACUGCACAGAGAUCAACCAAUGAAGCCACUGGACCAUGCUCUCUUCUGGAUAGAGUUUGUCAUGAGACACAAAGGUGCAGCUCACUUAAGAACAGAGUCUUACAGAUUGCCCUGGUAUUCCUACCACUCUCUAGAUGUCAUGUUGUUUUUGCUAACAGUUGCACUACUUAUUUUGGCACUUUUUGUUGGGUUAGUAUGGUCAUGCUUCAGAUUGUGUUUGAAAAGAAAAAUGAAAUCUGACUAACAAGGAAGGAUGCAUUAUUUGUUUUCACACUUGUUAAUAUAUUAAUCAAUGACAAUUUGGCUGUGAUCAGUGGAAAUUUGAAUGAGUAGAUGCUUGACUUUUGUGCUGUGCCUUCGGUUGACUGCAAGUUUCCUACAAACAAAGACACAAACAAGCAAAAAAUAAAUAAAUAAAAAAAAAUAAACAACUGUCAAAGAUUAAACAUAACUGCCAGCGUUGGCUGCCAACUUC